ACACACACACACACACACACACACACACACACACACACACACACGCUCAAACGUUUCCUCUCUAUCUCUAUUGCUCUCUGUUCAGAUCAAUUCGUUCAAUACGGGACACCAGAUCCUCGUAGCAAAUUCGCUCAACGCCUUCACCAAAACUCACCACCCAUAACCACUGCAAUGGCCAUCACCGAGCUCAUCUUUCCGCCUCUGAAGGCUGAAGAGAUUAUCAGGACCAACUUUUACAGCAAAAUUCCCAGUUUGCUACGCGAUACCUUCAAGGUUGCCAACGGCCCAAACGCCUCAGCGGUGGCUCGCAUCCUCAAGAGUACCCCGGCCAACGCGGAGAAUCACAAAGGCUAUCUUGCUGUCUUCAGCUGGGAAAGCCUUGAGAAGAUUCAAAAUUUCUUGAAGACGCCCGAGUUUGUCGGGUUCAAGUCAUCCCUGGUAGACUACGUGGAUGGUCCCCCAGUGUUGCAAUUCUUUGAAGCAGCUCCAGGCGUAGUGCCUGAGAACACUCUCCAUGGCAGCACCCACUUCUUCGUCAUCAAGGCGGCGGGUACAGAGGACCAAGUCAACCAGGCGAGAAAGUAUUGGGGUGGUAUCACGUCUACCUUCUCCAGAAUUGCCGGAGAUGAGGUCAAGUAUCACAGCGGUGAUGGCAAGUUGAACUACGAUGGUCAGUUUUCUGGUUUCAGUGGUUGGAAAUCCAUCGAGGCUCUCAAUGAAGCACUUGGCCAGUCAGAGGUUCAGAACCAGCUUCAGGCUCUCUUUGAAACCUGUGGAAGCGUUUCAAGCUUCGUCUUGGAGCUCAAACAUGUUUUUUGAUUAUAGUUGGGCAGUGAUGUACAUCGUCACUUGUUGAUUGAACAAAUCCAUGUGUUUUAGACUAGACAAGAACCUCAACUCAAAUUUGUUGCGCCUGAUGGAAAACAACAUUCUCCAGAUGAGAUUACAUGGAUCAAAGCCGGGUUUGCUAAGUGAAUAAAGAUAGGCCUAUUUCUCCUUGUUUCCAUCUCUCGUGCCUGUAGAAAAGAAUUUGAAGAUGGCGGUGUUACAUAUCCAAUUGAAUGAGU